CAUGGCAGGGUGCAGGCGGCAGAUGUCACGUGUCGGAAAUCCGAAACCAGUGAGAUUGAGGUGCAACGUGGCCAACGGGUGCUUGAUAAAAUCUUCAUCCAUGUUGUUAUUGCAAUGGUUAUUGUAGCGUAUAUCAACAUGGGCUGUGCCAUAGACUUACAGGUUAUCAAACAGACCCUUCGUAAGCCCGUCGCCCCUGCUAUAGGCUUGGCUUCGAAAUACUUAUUUAAGCCAUUGGCCUCAUAUGCCAUUGGCUACGGCUUGUUCGGCAGCGCCCCGGAGAUGUGGUUGGGUCUGUUCCUGACUGGCUGCUCUCCGGGUGGCGGCGGAUCCAACAUGUGGACUUACUUACUGGACGGUUCCCUUGACUUAUCUGUCACCAUGACCUUCAUCUCGACUGUUGGGGCAUUCCUGGCACUGCCUAUGUGGGUCUAUGCUCUGGCAAGGACCAUCUUCCAAGAUGGACAUUUCUCGAAACUUCCCUACAAGAAUAUUGCCAUGUUAGUGGUUGGCCUUGUGCUGCCUCUGUCCAUUGGCUUGGUGAUCAAGCGCUGCUCGCCUCGGGUUGCGCUCGUCAUGAAGCGCCUUCUGAAGCCCAUCUCCAUCAUCUUCAUUCUGUUCAUGAUGACCUUUGGAGUUUACGCCAACCUCUACAUUUUUGCUUUCUUCAGCUGGAAGGUUGCUCUUGCUGGCAUUCUGCUUCCCUGGCUUGGCUUCCUGUUUGGUGCCGUGGCAUCCCUCGUGUGCAGGCGCAGCUGGGAGGAAGCCAUUGCCAUCAGUAUUGAGACUGGUGUGCAGAAUACAGGCCUGUCCAUAGGUAUCCUCAAGGUUGCCCUUCAGGAAUUUGCUCCGCUGGGAGACAUUACCAUGGUGAUUCCCGUUGCCGUGGCCACCAUGACCCCAAUACCUCUGACCAUUGCGUACAUUGCCAAGCGGAUCCGCGAGUGCAGGGCCAAGAAAACAACCUAUGAGAUUGAUUGCCCUGAGGAUUAUGAGGAUGACAUGAAAAACGCAAAAAAAAACAAAAAAAAAAAAAAAAAAAAAAAACGGGAAUCCAUUUAUACUUAAUACACAGGGGUCCAGCAAAUCAUUAAUUUCACUGUGUUAUUAUCAUUAUCUACCUGUUAUAUAAUAUCUUGUCUUUUAUGUCUACCGAGUCACCCACCUUUGCCUCUCUUUAUCUGCGAAUAUCUGUCUAAUUUAAUCUGCCUUUCUCCUAUGCAGCACUAUCAACAGUAGGUCGAUUCCUCUACUAAUGUUUCUUCUCUUCCCUUUCUUCUUUAUUAUCAUUCGCUCUUUAUACUCUUACACGAAUUUAUUAAAAGCUUUACUCUUCAUCAGGCAAUCGAUCUGAGAGCUCAAGACCAUUUCUAUGAUUCAUCGUUGGUUAUCUCGCCGCUAUUCUCUGCCCCGUACUGCUGACUGCUUACACUUAUCCUGCAUCAAUCAAGGGAAUUACACCACUCAAAAUUAAUGAAUAUUUGAUUUACGUUUGAGUGGCACUACCGCCGUACGCCCAUGGUGUUUGCACUCGCUCAUAUUGCCAUUCCCAUUUUAUUGGACGUAUUAGGAUAAGUAUCUAUAAUGGCAGUGAAAUCUCCAUUGUCCCAUGACCUAAUUAACAUAUUUCCUUAGUGAUUCGUGCGACUUGCAUCAUGCUCUCUAAGACUGCCAGUUAACUCGUGGCUGCGAUCAGGAUAACCCCAUAGGCAUGGUCCCCUGUGUUGGCGUGUGUAAUGAAUAGCCUUGACCUUUGUGCCCCUCACGAAGGAGGCCAACGUAGGUGUGUAGGGCAAUUCGAGAGUUAACACUAGCCUGCUAACACAUACAUAAGGACUGAUCUGGAGACUUAUAACGCUAUGCGUACGUAUUAAACAAAUUCAUGUAUAAAGUAGAUGUCACGUGAACAUGUCUGUCACUGUACACUUUAUGUAUUUUGAUAUAAAAGCGUGCUUGGCAAACAGUGUAAGAUAUAGCCUUUCUGUGGUUGUAACAGUAAAAGCAUUGGUUAAACAAUUGUAAGUGAAUGCAAAUCGAACUGGAACUGUGAUUACGGGUUUGACCGCAUUCCAAGAAAUAGUGAAGCGAGUCCGACGCAGUGCUACCAGUCCCCUUAAACUGCCACAGAUAAUCCAAGCGCGUGGAAUGGCGCUUGCAGACUGAGCAGACAGGCAUUGCAAUUGUCUUUUGUACAAAGGAUAGGAAAGACGUCGGUGGGUGAAUAUGGUACAAGAAAAGACGUUAGUAUCACAAUCUAAAUACGAUUACUUAAAAAGACAUGAAUGCAAUAAUCAUAUAUCAAAGCAUAUAUAUUCCCUUGUUUGGGUUUACAACAUCUAACACGUGAUAAAUACGAUUACAUAAAACACAACUAUUUAUUUCUGCUAUGAAAAAAUAGCACUUUUAUAUGUUGAAGUGUCGUGCUGCAUACAUGUGAAAAUCCGGUAUUUCGUAAUCCACAUUUCGACUUGAGAGAAGUCUCCCUCAGCAUUAGCGUAACAGCCUUUCAUGGCACACAGUUGUCCUUAUUAAUUUUGCUGAAUAUUUGCCACAAUGUACACAAUCUUUUACAAGUUUAAUUUCAUGCCAAAUAGAUAUGUCGUAGUUUGCGUCACUGGUUAGGUUUGAACUGGGGUUUAAACUGGGCUGUUCCACGAAUUCUAGAGCAUAAGAUUUUGGUUUCGGGACAAUAACUCAGUUCUGGAUGAGUUAUAACCUUUUUUUCUACUUCAAUUUUGCGACAGAGAACGCUCGCUACGGCGUAGCGCCGCUGACAACUGUGAGCUGCAUCCCGUCAACAUUAAAUUGAUGACAAUAAUAAUGAUAAUUUCGCGCUUCCUUUAUCAUCAAGUUUGCGGGGACGCCCGGGGCUCGAUGUCCCAUUUUCAUCAUGCAAUAUGUCCGGGGCUCAAAGAAGCCCCACCGGCAAUAUAAGGUCUAUGAAAUUAUAUGUCGCUGUGAUAGAAAAUCUGAAGACAAAGGCAAGUAGUCCGUUUAGCAUAAAGGAAUGAAGCAAUGGCCAUGCUCUGCUUAUGAAGUGGCUAACAGGCCCCUUCCCAGAAGCGGAAGUGACUAACGGCUUACACGUUAAAAGCAAUUGGUAUAUUACUGCCUAAGUUUAGUAGUAGAUUAAACUGAAAUCUACGGUCUGGGUUCACAAUAGUGGACUAAGAAUUUAAAAUCAAUGUGGGCAAAUGAGAGAUUGGUGACGGAAGAGAGCACUAACAUGAAGUGCUGGUCAACAAGAAGCAAGAAUUCACUUUAUUGUAUUCCUUAUUAAUCCUGUAAAUUAGAUCUACUCCUUUGAAUUUGGACUUUCAGCAUACAAAGAAAAUUAGUUUGGGUUAGGGAAUUAUAUCCAUUUAUAUAUUGUUUUUUUUAUUUCGGCUAAGUUGGGACAGAUUAAGAAAAUAAGAAUUGGUAUCUUCCUGUUAAAGUUUAUUUCUUAAACAUCUCCAGCUUGAUGAAAUGAAUGAAAAAUAUAUAUCUAGAGUUUUCCUAAAAGUAGAUAAAAAUAGUAGACUAGAAACUAGUCUAUUUAAACAUAAUAUGAAUAAUCUAUUACCUAAACCUUUAUUCCAUUGCAUUUUAUAUCUGGCUACUUAUGGUCAAGUUUACAUAAAUGCUGCAGCCAACUUACAGUUUGGUAAAUGCAUAUAUAUCAUAUACAUACAAAAUCAAGGUACAUGCCUCAGAAGAUAUACUUAAAGAAUUAGUCAUUAAAUAUGCUAGUCAUAGAGAAGAAAAAAAAUCCAUUGUAUGUUACAAAUAUGACUUUUUCCUGCAGCAAGCAUACCAGACAACAUGAAUGAUUUGCCUGAAUGAUACUCAGUAGCCCGACAUUUAAUAUACCCUGUACACUCUAACCAUAUAUAUUCACUGUAUUUAAGAAAUAUUCAUACUGAUGCAAUUCUUACACAUCUAGUAAAUAUUCGAGUGUAUAUUGCAUUUCCUGGUAAUUCCAAAUGAAUAUCAGAUGACAAUUUUGUAUUUCAUAAAAUGCCAUAUUUCAUUUUCUUUAAAUUCCUGCCCAAGGAAAAAAUGCCUGAUACUCUCCUAUACAUAUAAAAGGCAUUUUAUCAUAAUGUUUCGUCGCAGAACACACAUGCGGACAGCAUGUAUAUGUAUAUAUAUUUUUCUUAAUAUAAAAAGGAGUAUUGUCAAUAUGCCCUCAAGCAUUACACAUACAUAUAUCCUCAACGCAUAUUUACAUAUAACAAAAAUACUUUACUGUUGUGAGUCAAAGAUGUUAACAUUGGUUAUCAACAGUUACGAGCUGCAUGAGUGAUACAACCGGGCCUGGACAGAGGAAUCAAACACAAUUUAAAAAGAGACGGAUGGAAAAAUAAUGUUCUGAUGACAUCUUUAAUGCUUGGCCCAGAUAUAUGCUGGUAUGAUAAUAAUGAAAACGAACAUUUUGUUACUUUUAUUCUGAUAAUGAAGAUGCACAUCUUUGAAUGAAUAUGUAAUAAUGCUCUAGCUGCACCAGAAACUCCCUUCAAACACACUGAUCAUCAGGUCAUAUAAUGGUAAAGUUAUGACCCCAAAGUCAGUAAUGUUCAUUAUAAACAAAAAGAUGAUUUACUUUUUUUCGUGUCUUUUCUGAAUUUAGUUUACUUACACAAAUUUCACCCAAGUGUAAACACAAAAGGGAAGCCAAAUGACCAUAUUCCUUGCCUUCAUUUUUGAUAAUCUUAUUUCAUUUUAUUGAUUCUAUUUAGGCUUAGCUGAUUUAGAGAAAGAUCAUGAAUUCCUUGCAUGUAUGAAGACUUCAGUGGCUGAGGUAUGACAAACUACAAUCUAUAUGAGGGUGCUGACACGGUGCCGAUUAUUGCAUGGUCUCUGUAUCUUAUAUAUAUUAUAAAAUGAUAUACAACUUUGUGAAAUCCAUUAUUAACUGACAACUCUAUAUGUCGGUACAAGUAUGAAGUAAAACGAUAAGAAAAUCAAAUGAUGAAAAAAAA